CUUUUUGAGACGGAUUUUCGCUCUUGUUGACCAGGCUGGAGUGCAGUGGUGUGAUCUCGGCUCACUGCAACCUCCGCCUCUUGGGUUCAAGCGAUUGUCCUGCCUCAGCCUCCCAAGUAGCUAGGAUUACAGGCGCCCGCCACAAUGCCCAGCUAAUUCCUGGCAUUUUAAUUACGCUUAAUUACUUCAACCUAUGACCACCUCAAGCUGAAUGUAACUAGCCGCAGACGCUGUUUGCAUGACCCAGGAACCACUAAGACACGGAACGAACGCCUGCCGGGACCACGCUGAGCUUCAUUACCGGCAGCCAACUCACUUCCGGGGUGGACUCAGCACAGCAGUGGCCCGACCCGCCCUCCACCGGAAGUCUUUUGGGCUCCGGCUUUGCCAUCGCCCGGCCCCCUGGCAUUUGCCCCGGUUGAGCGGGACUUCCUGUGUCGUAUUUCCAAGGACUCCAAAGCGAGGCCCGGGACUGAAGGCGUUGGUGUCAGAGCCCUCCGGCAGAGGGUUAUCCUGGGCCAAAUCACCUCGUACAGUUACGCUCUCCCGCGGCACGUCCGGGAGGACUUGAAGUCCUGAAGGCUCAAUUUGUCCGUAGGUCGAGAGAAGGCCAUGGAGGUGCCGCCACCGGCAGCGCGGAGCUUUCUCUGUAGAGCCUUGUGUCCGUUUCCCCGAGUCUUUGCUGCCGAAGGUGCGACUGCCGAUUCGGAAUCCCUUGCGGAGCGUCAGAAGCGGCCUCUCUACGUCCCAGAGCCCUAUUACCCGGAAUCUGGAUGGGACCGCCUCCAGGAGCUGUUUGCCAAAGAUGAACAGCAGAGAAUUUCAAAGGAACUUGCUGAUAUCUGUAAGAUGACAGCUACAGCAGGCAUCCUUGGCUGGGUGUAUGGGGGUAUACCAGCUUUCAUUCAUGCUAAACGACAAUACAUUGAGCAGAGCCAGGCAGAAAUUUACCAUAACCGGUUUGAUGCUGUGCAAUCUGCACAUCGUGCUGCUACACGAGGCUUCAUUCGUUAUGGCUGGCGCUGGAGUUGGAGAACUGCAGCAUUUGUGACUAUAUUCAACACAGUGAGCACUAGUCUGAAUAUAUACCGAAAUAAAGAUGCCCUAAGCCAUUUUGUAAUUGCAGGAGCUGUCACGGGAAGUCUUUUUAGAAUAAACUUAGGCCUGCGUGGCCUGGUGGCUGGUGGUAUAAUUGGAGCCUUGCUGGGUACUCCUGUAGGAGGCCUGCUGAUGGCAUUUCAGAAGUACUCUGGUGAGACUAUUCAGGAGAGAAAACAGAAGAAUCGAAAGGCACUCCAUGAGCUAAAACUGAAAGAGUGGAAAGCCAGACUACAACUUACUGAGGACCUCACUGAGAAAAUUGAAAGUAGUUUACAGAAAAAUGAACCUGAGAGUGAUGCUAAGAAAAUUGAAGCACUGCUAAACCUUCCUAGAAACCCUUCAGUAAUAGAUAAACAAGACAAAGACUGAAAGUGCUCUGAACUUGAAACUCACUGGAGAGUUGAAGGGAGCUAUGCUGCCAUGUCCGUUGAAUGCCAACAGACAGGCCACUCUGUGGUCAGCCUGCUGACAAAUGUAAGUGCUGGUACCUGUGGUGGCAGUGGCUUGCUCUUGUCCUUUUCUUUUUAAGAAUGGAGCUGUUGUACUCUGUCUUUACUUUUCCUUAAAUUUAAAUACAUAUUUAUGUUUGUAUUAAUCUAUCAAGAUAUACAUACAUGACUAUAUCCACCCACCUAGAUUUUAAGCAGUAAAUAAAACAUUUCCCAAAAGAUUAAAGUUGAAUUUUACAGUUCA